CAGCUUAGCCAGUUAGACUCACAGAGACACUGCUUUCAGAGGGCACCACAGGACUCUGUGGAAUAGAUACAUCAGUAUUCACUUUGUAUCUGUGUGUGGGUGAGGCGGAGAAGGAGAUGGACAUCCUGGAGACGGACGCUUACGAUAGGAGGCAGCGCAGGAAUACGUCCUGCGUGUUGUUUCUUUUCCUCCUCCCUUUCUUCGCUUCUGCAGCUCUGUAUUUCCACCUGUGGAUCCCACUUUCUGCUCCAUCCAUCCUGGCCGCAGGUGUAAAGGCAGCCCCUGUGCUCUCUUUGACUUUCGUGGUGCUGAAAUACAACGGGGGGUGGAGCCUGCUGGGCGUGACCGGAGGGCUGGUGAUGUCCGCGGGAGGAGACAUCUGUCUCAUCUGGCCAAAUCUUUUCCUCAUGGGAAUGGUCUGCUUUGCACUGGCCCACCUGUUCUACACUCUUUCCUUCCUUAGUUCACGUUAUUCCUCUCACUCCUCUUCUUCCUGUGGCCUCUACUUCUUUUACCUCCUGCUCUGGGGAGCAGGUGGUGGAAUUUACUUCUAUCUCCUGCCCUUCCUCCAGAAGUCACCGGAGCCUGAAAUUUUUGUCCCAGCCGUCGGAGGUUACGUGCUUCUCAUUGUUCUAAUGACGACUUUUGCGGCACGGACGAGGCAGCCUCUGGUUCUCUUGGGUGCCCUGGUCUUCAUGGUGUCUGACUUCACCCUCGCCCUGCAGCAGUUCAAAGUGGUUGAGCAUCUGGAUUAUGGCCGGCAUAUCGUCAUGACAACGUAUUACCUAGCCCAGUUGCUGAUCGCCAUUGGUGACAUACAGGCGACGAUCGCAGAACAGGCUGAAGAGCUCCACAAGUGGAAGAGGUCAUAGGGGCAGCAUGGAGACAUGUGGAACUUACGCAGACGUCGUACAGACGGACAUGAUAUGAAUCAUUACUUACAGGAGAUUCUGUAUUUACAGUAUAUGUUUACAUAAAGUAUAGGUUGUAAUGUUUAAAUACGUUUCACAAGGCUAGCGAGUAUAAAGAUUUUUUAUAGCUACUGACCAUCACUUCAGCACCAACUAGGACAUGUCCAAUCAUGUAAGACAUAAGAACUGUAUUUAAACUAUACUAUGUUUCUUAUAGUAUCGAAAUGACCAAAAACUUUUCAUACAGUAAGUAAGGAGCAUUGAAUAAAUUUGGGAAAUCUAGACAUCUAAGCAUC